AUGCACAGUAGCUUGCACAGAUUAGGUCAAACCUUUAUUGAGUUGGAUGAAAAGGACAAGAAGGCCACGGCAGCUGUGGCACUGGAAUGUGGUGAUGAAAGUGAAGUUAGGGGCAAGGUGAAAUCCAGUUUGGACACUGGGGAUUUAAAGUCAAUGGGAAGUACUUUUACCUUUGUAGAGAUCAGUGACGAGGAAUCUGGGUCAAAGGUGUCUGUCUGCAGGAGUGGGACCUGGGCCACUGGAUGGAAACUGAGGGGCAGAAUUGAAUGGGUCCUGGUUCUGGUAAAUAAAAGGACUCAGUCAAUGACAGGUUCUAUCCAGACAGUGACAGGUAGCAGGCAGAUCACAACGCAGGAGCUCAACCAGUCCACCGUGAAAGAAUUCAUUCUAGUGGGCUUCACUGCCAACCCCAGGACCAGUCCUCUGCUCUUUACCUUCUUCUUCAUCUUUUACCUGAUGAUCCUCAUGAGCAGCAGCCUCCUCAUCACCCUCAUCCACCAGGACUUACACCUGCACACGCCCAUGUACUUUUUCAUCAGUGUCCUCUCCCUGCUGGACGUGUGCUACACCACCACCACUAUGCCCCAGAUGCUGGCACACAUUCUCAGCAAGAAGAGGGCCAUCUCUUUUGCUAGAUGUGUGGCCCAGAUGUACAUCUUCCUUCUCUUUGGGGUCACUGAGUCUUGGCUUUUCUCCAUCAUGUCCGUAGACAGGUACAUGGCCAUCUGCCACCCUCUCAGGUACAAGGUCAUCAUGAGCCCCUGGGUGUAUCUCCUCAUGGUGGGUAUCUGUGCAGCCUAUGGCGUGCUGGGUAGCCUGUGCUAUACUUUCUUUGCUAUGCGCCUGCCCUAUUGUGGGCUUAAUGAGAUUGACCACUACUUUUGCGAGGUUCCUGCAGUUCUGAAGCUGGCCUGUGCAGACACAUCCUUCAAUGACCUGGUGGACUUCAUUAUAGGCUUCAAUGUCAUUGUGGUACCACUCUCCCUGGUUGUCACAGUCUAUGCCAACAUCUUUGCCACCAUCGUGAAGAUCUGCUCAGCCCAGGGGCAAAUCAAAGACUUUUCCACCUGUGCCUCCCACAUCACUGUCGUCACCAUGUUCGCCAUUCCAUGUAUCAUCAUGUACAUGGGCCCUGGCUCUGGCUCCUUAUCAAACAGUGGCAAGAAAAUGGCUCUUUUCUAUAACAUAGCCACAUCCUUCCUCAAUCCUGUCAUCUACAGUCUAAGGAACAAAGAUGUGAGAAAAGCUUUCUUCAAAUGGAUGGGAUGGAGCAGGUCCCCAGAGUAA